AUGUCGCUGACCUUCGCGCUACAGGCACUGCUCGCGCGCCAUGAGGCAUACAUCGCUGAAGCGGCGGGGGAGCGGCGCAGGAUGGUUGGGAGUAUCGAGAAGCUUGAAACAGACAAGAAGGAGUCGGAGGUCUCGAAUGCCCGGAUAAUAGAGGAGAACCGUUACCUACUGGACCAGCUGGAAGAGAUGAAUGAUACGGUCUCCAACUCCGACGCGCACAUCCUAUCUCUCAAUGCAACGCUUCAAUCUACACGCAAAGAACUCGAGCGACUCACGGUCCUUGCUGCGCAAACGUCACACUUCGAAGCACAGUUGGCAAGUCUGGAGUCGGAAGCAGCUGACCUUCAUCACCAAUUAAAGUCUAGGGAAGAGAAGGAGAAAACAGCGGUACAACGAUGGAAAGGCGCUGAGCGGACUAUCAGUACCUUACAAGAACAGGUGGAUCGAAUAGACAGGGAGGCGCGAGAAGAACGCUUGAGGCACGCUGAAGUUGUAAGGAGAUUUGAAAGGCGGAGGGCUGUCGAAAGGGAACUCGAGAACGCGGCUGGACACCUGAAAGGAGCGGCGGCCGCAACUACGCUUGGCGCUGACCGAAGCAGCAGCGUUGUCUCACAUUUUGUCAAGGAUAUCCUCCAGGACAAUGCCAACUUGCAAUUAGGAAUUGUGGAGCUGCGGGAGAUGCUAAUGGGUUCGAAUGAGGAGGUAGAGAACCUUCGAGAGCAAAUGAUGCUUCAUCAGCCUGUUCAGCCGCAUCCCGAACGACCUGGAUCCGGAGAAGACCUGAAUAACGAGCUUGCGAAGACGCUUGGAAACGAGGCUGUACUCCCACCUGACUUCCAUUUUCACCACCAUUAUCACGCCGCACCGAAAGUCAAGACUGCUAGAGAAAGGCCUGUUGGACUUGCAAGGACCAAGAAGCGGCGGAACAUUACCUCGCCUGGAUCUCGAACACCGUCUUCUGGUACUCAGACGCCUCACACACCACGAACACCCAGCGCUCACUCUAUGCAAGUCACAGCAGGCUCCUCUGCUGCAAUUAUCCUAUCACAAACAUCUGUCACUAUUCCUCCCAUUCAGUCGCAUCGAUGGUCAUCGCAGUCCUCGCACGCUCCUUCGUCUUUCCCAAGCUCUCCUCAAUCCGCGUUCAGGAACUCUUCGGUGUUUGACACCAUGGAUGAUAACAUGUACUCAUCAAGACCAACGACACCCGGGUCUACCGCUCUUGGAUCGCCCACUAUCUACCCCCGAUAUUCCAACCGUAACUCAGACGUCUCGACGAGGAGUCUAUCUGCACAAACAUCGUCUAGCGUACUCCAAAGCAUAUCAGGGGUACUGCGGGCCGCGAACCGAUAUGGCAUGGACGAGUCUACGGAGACUGUCAAAUUUCCUCCAUCAGAGCACAGCACCAUUCUAGAAGAGCCAGAAGAUGACACCACGAUUUCUUUCUUGGAUAAUCACUUUGACCCCAACAGAAAUGCCCGACAGACGUACUCUCAAUUGGAAGAAAUGUGCCCUCGAUUGCAUCGAGCCUCGUCACACGAAAGCAUACUACCAAGCCCGGGGUUCGACAUGCCCAAACUACGAAGCAAGGACUCGCAAGGCUUCAAUCCUCGAUCUUCACUCGGCCCGUCUGUCGCCUCUAUCGGCCCUGUGACAAGCUCCACCGCUGCCGUCGCUCAGGCAUCCAAACGCGAUCGGGGCUAUGACAGCAGCAACUACAAUCGCCUGCUUCUUAGUCAUGCUUCAACGAGCCCGGCCACGCCAGCGUCUACCACCACAGCUGAGAAGUCCACUUUGGGUAAACGUGUCGGCGGGUGGAUGUUUGGCAAGUGGGGCGAUGCUCCCACCAAAUCGAGUGGUAACCUUCGAGCCAUAGAUGCUUUGAGCGCUGCUGUCGACGAGAGAUGCAUAGACAAGAAGAAAGGCGACUCGGUUCGUGGUAGGAAGGCAGAGAAGCGGCUUUCGACUCAUGUGGAAGCAGACUCCGUCUACAACAUUGCAGGAAAGUAA